AGAGCAGGGAUCUGAUAUACAUGCUGCUUUGCUGGGAAAAAAUGAUCUGAUGUGUUUUUUCUUUUGAACCAUUUUAUUAUGAUUCACCAAGCUUUGGCUGUUAAGCUUUUUUUCCCUGUUGUCUCAUCCUCUUCAGGGCUGCGCUAUUGUGGACAAGAGGGCCUCCUGUUUCUUAGUUUUUGGGAAACGAUGGAGAGAAGUGAAAGUCAGCUUGAUAACAGUCAAGAGAAAUAUGAAAGUCUGGCUUUGGACACUGCCUUGAGCACCGUGGUGGUGGUACUGGUAUAUGUGGUUGUAAAGGUUAGUCUAGAUGGGAUUCGACAGUGGAGAGCUAGAGUAUCCAUUCUAGUGGUGGGUGCUGGACCGGUUGGGUUGACCGCUGCACUGGUUGCUGUCCGGUCAGGGAAAGUGCUGAAUCUAACAGUCUUGGAUGAGCGGUCAAGAGCUGCUCUACUAUGCAGACCGCAACAAAUUGCCUUGAGCCCUCGAAGUGUCAAGUUUCUCCUCGUCCUUGGCGUGGACUUUGAUAACAUUGAAGGAUGUUGGCGCAAUGACCACUUUUUCACGAAGAUAGGUGUUUUUCAGGAACAUCUUCUAAGUAUCCUGAAACAAAGGAAACAAACACUCGAUAUCCGAAUUCUUCUGGGGACCAAAGUAAGUUUUUGUAUGCAUUGUAUUUAAAGGGACACUAUAGUCCUCCCACUGCAACUUAACGCAGUGGUUCUGACGUAAACAGUGUAUGUAUUUCAAGGUUAAUAUUGUGAGAUUGAUUCUUCCUUAGUCCUAAUGCAGUCAAACACUUAAGAUCAGUUAUGUUGCCAAUUCUGGAUGAAACAUGUAAUUGAGCAUUAAGGGGUUAAAAAAGGGUUAUUUCUCUGCUCUGCAAAGUAAAGAAAAAUUAAUUAUGCCACCAAUUGACAUGGACUGCAUUACUCCUUUGUUUGUAGCCUUUAGUAAAUGUCACUUUUUUUUUAAUUUUAUUUUUUAUGUUGUAGUUGGUUGUUAAAGCAACAUUGUCAGAAUCCUGAUCACUUUCCAAAACUGAAAUUUUGGAGAAACAAACCAGAUUUUUAAAAACGAUUCUGUGUUAUUUGCUAAAAGAACAUAAAUACCAAUUUGUUCAAUGCGUGUGUGUAUUUUCGGAGUGUCUUACUUCAGGAUGCAGUCAUUUUCAGAUGUAUUGGAUUUCCGGUUUAAAUAUGCUCCUGUAUAGACGUUCACUUUUUGGACCAAAGUCAGAGUUGCAAAAUUGCUUCUCUUAAAGAAUCAGAAAUGUAUUGAGGAAAAAAAACAAAACAUGCAUAUCUUUAUUUAUAUUUUUAAUGGAAAGUUUUAUAUAAACAAUACAAGCAGAGAGCAGUAUUGAAUAUCGUGUUACAUAUAAGCAAUUCAAUAACCACAAUAAUGAGCUUGUAUAAACUGGAUUAACAACACACAUGUAAAUUUGUAAUACGUGUGUGAUGGGUGGAUUUUCAUUUUGAAAAUUCUGCUAAUUAUGAGAGAAAAGCAGAGGUGUUAAAUAAUGCUACGAAUGAACAGAGUGGGACUAGCAACAAGAAGAAUGUUUAAACCAUUUUAUAUUUUUAUUUCAUUUUAUUUAAAUGUGCAUUAACCACAAAAAUAAAAUAAAUAAAAUAAAUAUAUCUCUAAUCAUGCUAAAAUAAUGUGAAUAGAAAUAUCUCACAACAGUAUAAAAAGAACAUCAAAUCGAACGCUAUAUUUUUUUUAUUUUUUUAUGUGCUUUUUAGUUUCCUUUAAACUAUAACAGAUUUAAAUAUAUACCAGCUAAAAUUAUUGUGCUGCAAUUUGCCUUUUCUCUUCUCCUAUCUUGAGUUCUAAACCAGGUGCCUGGUUUGUUGUAAUAUUUUAUUUUUUUUUCCAAUUUCAUAAGUAAAUUGUAUGUAAUGGGACAUGUUCGUGUUGGAGAUACUUUUUGAAUGAAAGAUUAGGCCAGAGACCGUACAUUUAAUAAAAUACUGUUCUAGGAGAUCAUUUGGUGUUGGAAGGGUUUACAUAGUCUUUAGAUAAGCAAAUAGUGCUUGCAUUAUUAUUAUUUUAUUUUAUAUAGCGCUUUACAAUUCUACAAAGGAGAUACCUGACACAGAAUAUUAACAGAGCCAAAAGGUGAACAAGGCGGAGAGCUCCCUGCCCGGCGCUGGAGAAAGGUAAAUUUUAACCCCUUUCCUCUCCCCAGAGCCGGGCGGGAGGGGGACCCUGAGGGUGGGGGCACCCCCAGGGCACUAUAGUGCCCUGAAAACGAGUAUGUUUUCCUGGCACUAUAGUGGUCAUUUCAGUGUUUUUUAGUCAAGCACAUCCUACUGAUCAUAACAUCAUGCCGUGGGGCUAGUGUCAUGAAGUUCUCCCCCAGAUUCCAGCACCAUCUUGUAUACUGUCGACAGGAGGGGUACUUUUAUAGCGGCCAUUUUGAGUAUAUAAGUUUAGUUUUAAUGGAGGAUAUAGGCAUUUUACUAAAUUGUUUAUUAUGUCCUUAACACUGCUACCCAAUAUUCUGUCCUCUUAUAUAUUUAUGUAUCCUGCCAUUAACUUCCAAAUCUACUUGACUAGUGAGACUUGUGUGUGUGUGUGUGUGUAAUUGAAAUAAAAGAGCAGGAAAAAAAAAAAGAUUUAACUCCUAAAUGUCAGAGAAUUGAGCAGUGCAACUGCAUGAGCAUGAUCUAUACAACAAAACUGCUUCAUUAAAGGAACCCUAAAGUCACCAGGGUAACUACAAAUUAAUGUAGUUGUUGUGGUGUUUAUAUGUCCCUGCAGGCAUCUUAACGUAAACCUUGCCAUUUAAAAGAAAAAGCAGUGUUUACAUUACUGCCUAGUGACACCUAUAGUGUCAAAAUUGAUGAUCUCAGCCAAGAAGACAAAGUGUGGGUGCUGCCAGCCGCAAGGAGAGCCGCACAGGGCUGGAUAAAGGCUUGUAAACUUUUUCACAGAGCUGUGGGGGCAAGGGGCCGAAUUCUAAAUGGUGUUUUCCCACCUUUUGUGUCAGGAAUGCAUGUUUAUAUUCCUGACACUAUAUAGUGUUCGUUUAAGACAGGUGCUCAAAAUUUCCACUAUACAUUAGCCAUUGUCGAGUGAAAAUUCAGUCCUGGUUACUGUGCUACGGACACUCUAGGCUUGCUGUGAUGACUAACUUUGUUAGGCCUGACUAACAGUGUAAGGCUUGAUAUUGUGAAUCCAGAUUAGGAAUGCUGAGUGAGACUGACUAAUUUAGGCAGGUGGUAGAUUAUUGAUUGAUGUCCACAAUUAAAGAAUUGGGUGUCUCUGUGAACCAUGUAAUGUGUCAUGCUUAAAGGGACCCUUCACUGCCCAAAUACAAUAUAAAUAAAAAGAACUGCUUGGUAGCUAUACCCCAAAUGAAAACAUGCAUGCAUUUUUUUCUCAUUGGAGUUAUAUACAUAUAAACAGCUCUUGUCUGCAGCUUUUGCAGACCCCCCCUAUUCCCCCCUGCCCAGACUUUAUGUAGUUGUCUAAUCACAGUCUUCCCAAUGCAGCUCUUUGCAAGGCAGUUGCUCUGGGAAAUUGCUGCCUCUUGAGGUCAGUGCAACAAAGCAAACCAAACCAGGAAGUAACAGAACUUGUCUGUUUGAAAGCCGAGGAGAUGUAACCAGGUUAAUUUAUAAAAGUGUAAAUUUUAUAAUGAAAUCUGCACUUUUUACAAAAUGAAAAAAAUGGGGAACACUUUUUUGCACAUAAAGGUUUUCAGCAAGCUAAUGUGUUUUAGGGGUCUCUAGUGUCCCUUUAAACUCAGUCUGUCAAUGUUUCACUUUUUAAAUUUUAUAUAUAUAUCGUUGAUAUAGAAUUUAUUUCUACUAAUUUGUAUUCCCAUUCCAGUCAAGCCUGGAAUUGGAAAACCAGACAUACAAGAUAUUGGUGCCCAAAAAAGUAAACAAAAUUUUAGAAAUUAAAGUAAAUAAAAAUUUAAUUUAAUUUUUAAAUUAAAGUAAAUAAAAAUUUCUCUGCACGUCCUUUUUAUUAAUCUGUCUUCAAUACAAAAAACUGCAACGUUUCGACCACAACUCUGGUCUUUGUCAAAUAUGAGGUGAAAUCAGGUACAUGUGGACCCUGUGGGUAGGUGCUGUUUCUCCUUGUUACAUAUUGUGAUGGUAAUACUGCUCCAACUGCAAAUGAUGAGAGAGGAGAAAAAUGGGAAUAGGCAUAAGUUGGAAAAUUUUACAUUUGGAAAGAGCUUUAAAUACAUGGUGAUUUCCUUCCUAUUGGAUAUAUACAAUCAUGGCAAUAUCUGCCAUGGUUCUAACUGGUGUGCUGCUUAACCAUAUGUCUGUGUGUGUGUUGUGUAUAAUAUCUCAGCAGACGUUGUGGUCCUCCAUACAUUUUUUUCCAGUUUUAAUUUAUUUUUUUUUAUUUAUUUUUUUCGUGUGUCUGUGCCCUUUGUUGGCUCAGUUUACAAUUUUUGCUAAAAGGAGUGGAACCUCGUGUGGUCUCUUACUGCUUCAGGCCAAUCUCUAACCAACAGUUCUAACUUUAAGGUCCUUUCUCACGCUCCAGAUUUUAGUUCCUUUGUGUCCUGUAUCCGGGGACACCGGGGAAUGGAUCUCUGACAGCACAGUGAUAACGCAUAUUAGACACACUCACACUGUGCACAGGCACGAGGACCCUGCAGAGAGUGAUUCAGCAGAGCUCUCUACGAGAUCCUGCAGGUUGGGGACCAGAUAAGCAGGCCCCUUCAGUCCUUCUUAAUGGGAAUGCCAGCUGCGUUUCCAGUUGGGCCCUCCCACUAAGGGUUUCCCCCGUGAUGCAAGUCGUGACUGGUGAUGCCCUCUAUCAGGCCCACCCACCCGUCCAGAUCCUAAACCUUCCAAUGUUAGGAGAUAUGACUUCAUAGUUUAAAAUUUUUUAUUUUUACAGAUGCUUUUCAGUAUAGUCAGGGCCGGAUUAACAUAGGGGCUGAUGGAGCUGCAGCUCCAGGCCCAGGCCCAUGGAAUAGGCCCAUUGAUUAAAAAAAAUAAAAAUAAAAAAAUUUUUUUUUUUUACAUUUUUUUUCCCACACACUACUCUUAGGGAUUCCACCUGGCUUUUAUUUUAUUGGCACAGCCAGUAUUUGAGGCUGCCUGGCUGGUGCCAAUAUUGCAGUGAUACUGGCAAUACAAAUGCUGGUAUUUUUCUCAGUAUAAACAAGAGAUUUCUAUGCAAUACCAGCACUGGCCAGUAGGGGUCGCUGUAUGUGGAGACAGGCAGGGAUAGGAAGUUCCAGCAUAUCCCUCCCUGCCUAUCUAUACUCACUGAUCUGCAGGGGUACAGCUACAGAGAGUCCAGACAGCAACUCCCACCAUGCAGAGACAGCCUACAGCUCAGGGACGUAAGGGAUGGGGGGAAAGGCUGCAAGGAGACAUACACUGAGACACUAAGGGACAUUGGGAGACAUUAUGACACAGACACAUGGGGACGUCUCAGUGCCCCUCAGUAGUCUCCCAGUGCCCCCAGUCUGCCAGUGUCUCACUGUCCCCAUGUCUCCUAGUGUCUCCAUGUCUCUCAGUGCCUCAAGUGUCACAAUGUCCCCAUGUCUCCAAGCUAGUGUCCCUAGUGUUUGUGGCCCUGGUGUCUCAGUGUCCCCAUGUCUCAAUGUCCCCAUGUCCCUCAACCAGUGUCUCUAGUGUCUGUGUCCCUGGUGUCUGUGUCCCCAUGUCUUCAAGUGUCCCCUAUUUUCCCAUUGUCCCCAUGUGUCCCAGCCAGAGUCCCCUAGUCUCCCAGUGUCACUGGUGUCUCCGUGUCCCUAGGUCUCCCUGUGUCCCCAGGUCUCCCGUCUUCCUAGUGUCCUAGUGACAUGGGGACCCUGGGGAGACAUGGGGCAUUGAGAUACUGUGAUACAUAGGAGACCUGGGAGACCUGGGGACACGACACUAGGGGACACUGGGAGACAUGGGGCACUGAGUCACUAGGGGACACUGGGAGACAUGGGGCACUGAGACCUGGAGUAAUCGACACAUGGGGGCACUGAGUCAUGAGGGCACUGGGAGACAUGGGGGCACUGGGGGAAAUCCAUCUAUACAGCAGAAUCAAACUAGUUUUUUGGUGAUUUUACAGCAUUUUCUCUUAUGUCACUCCUUGUGAUUUACAUCAUGUGAUGUCACCCAUACAUAUUUAAUUAUGCAAAUUGUUUUUCCAAGAAAGGUGGCAACCCUAACUAGUUUUCACAUACUCUUACUUAAGUAUGGAAACUUAAGAGGGAUGCAUGGGAACAAAACUUGUGUGGACUGGCUGACAAUGAAUAUAGUUAAAGGGACACUAUAGUCACCAGAACAACUACAGCUUAUUGAAUUUCUUCCUGGGUCAUGGCUGCCUAAAAUGCAUCCAAACAUUCAGUGUCUCCUCCCUCUGCAUGCAGACACUGAACUUUCCUCAUAGAGAUUUAUUAAUUCAAUUCAUCUCUAUAAGGAGAUGCUGAUUGACCAGGCCUGUGUUUGAAUCAUGCUGGCUCUGACUCUGGUCAGUCUCAGCCAAUCCUAUGGGGAAGCACUGUGAUUGGAUCAGGCCAUCACUUCUAAUGAUGUCAGCAGACUGCUUGUUUUUAUGAGUCUAAUAGCAUGCAAAGUUACAGCUUCAGGCUUGAAUAUAGUAAGAUUUUGUUAUAUUUAUGGAGGCAUGAGUGGCCCAGGGGGGCUAGAUGGUGGUGUUAACACUGUAGGGUCAUGAAUUCAUGUUUGUGUUCCUGACCCUAUAGUGAUCCUUUAAGGUAAUGCUGACUUUGGUCUCUCUAACACUGUGGCAUGUUCCCUUUCUUCUACACUCACUACAUACAGCUUUUCUCUGUCCCAGACUAUAUACCAGGAGCUUCUGCCUGCUAGUAAGAUGGUAAGGAGACAAGAGGCCCAGCGAGUGCUAGGGAACAGUCCUUAGAAAGCGUUGAGUGAGCGCAUCAUUAGAUGCAUUUAUGCCAAACUCAGGAUGCUGUCUGCAUAGUAUGCCCUUAGUUGGCCAGCAGCAUGAUUGGCAGGCAGCCUGACAUGCAUUCAUGCCAGGCUGGCCUUCUAAUUCUUUGAGCAGACAUGUCCUCUUUUUGGGCAUGUUCGCCCCUUUUGCAGGUUACGUGAUUUGUGUCAGUGGCACACCCUUUUACCAUGCCCAUUGACUUUCUGCUUGACUGGACACUGCUGUUAGGGGUUAUGGAUUUACUUGAAAGAUGAAAACAUAAAUUAGUGAGAGAUUAGCCUAGGGUAUGUGUUUUCUUAUAGCUGCUGUUUUCUUUCUCUCCAGGACCAUCUCCAUCAGAUACAUGACGCUUGGGAGUGUUUUAAUGGUUUUGGUCGAUAUGAUUCUUUAAUGAGGCCCGUCAUAAUUGUCAGCACCAGGCCCACUGGGCUCUUAAUCUGGCCCUGAGUAUAGUAUGCAUAGCUAUUUCAGUUAUGGUCUUGUAGCUGUCCUCUUAAACCAGCCUUUACAUGAUUAUCUGACCUCUUAUUAAAAUAACACUCCAAGCUUAACCAAUUUAGCACACUGUAAUGGUUAUCAUGCCAGGAGUGUCCUCAUACCUUCCAAGGGUAACUUGUCAGCGGUGUGAGAACUCGCCUGGUUUGACAAAUAACUCUGCUCGGGUGACAGGGCUUACUACAAUAGGCUGUAGUGCAUAUGAUACUUGGAGUGUUCUUUUAAGAAAGCAUUUUCACUCCCAGAACUACAGCUUGACUGUGCAAUAAUUAAGAAAAUCUGCAGUUUCUGAUGAACACAAAUUAUUGCAUCUACAAUCCCAUAUCUUUACCAAUGAUCAGCUUGAACAUAUAUUGAAUCUUUUUAGCAUGUAAGCAUUAAUGCUAUAGAGUUGUUGCAACGUGACUUGGUAAUUGGCCAACUGCAUUAAUAUAUAGGUGUAACCAGUAGUGUGUGUGUGUGUGUGUGUGUGUGUGUGUGUGUGUGUGUGUGUGUGUAUGUAUGUAUGUAUGUAUGUGUAUAUAUAUAUAUAUAUAUAUAUAUAUAUAUAUAUAUAUAUAUAUAUAUAUAUAUAUAUAUAUAUAUAUAUAUAUAUAUAUAUAUAUAUAUAUAUAUAUAUUACACAAGAUCCAGCGCACUCACCUAUCCACUAAACAGCAACUUCAAUGUUGAAAGAUUUUAUUUGUUUUUUUUAAAAACCUAAUCUAGGCAAAAAUAAUGGGGGUUUAGUUACAUUAUAUGAUCAUACAGUGCAUAAGCCUGCCACAACGUCAAUGUACCCCAUCUUUGGCAGGUCCUACACUAACAGCCUAAUGUCUGCUCUUAUGAGAUUAACCUACUUGGGGAAAGAAAUUCCAUCUGGGGCUCUCUGCAGUACAAGGCCAAAUAGGGCCCUUUCAACAUUGAAGUUGCUGUUUAGUGGAUAGGUGAGUGCGCUGGAUCUUGUGUAUUGUAUUAUUUGGCCCCCAGCAGCACCCCCAUUUAUGCAUGUUAAGGUGAGUGCAGCCAACCCCCUCUUGUUUUGUUUUAUUUAUAUAUAUAUAUAUAUAUAUAUAUAUAUAAUAUACACACACACAACUUACAGAUAUUCCAUAUGGGUGCCUGGAGAGCCCAAUUUAAUGUGUUUGGCAAAAGUCUUAGAGUUUAAGAUCUGUGUAAAUAUCACAGUUAUGAAGCAAAAUAUGUGAAGGUUCUAUUUUGGCAUUAAUAGAAUAAAUGUAGUUAAAAAAACAAAUCUAAUUGAAAACAGCAGUUACAACAUUGCUUAGGGAAAAGACUUGGUCGAGUGAGUAGUUCAGAUAUAUCUGUUUGUAGAUUACUGCCAGAGUAUUCGGACCUUGAGUGAGCUGCUGUGAAAUGUAACAUUUGAAACAUCAACAACAAAAUUGGUCUGUUUGUUAGCCAGUGUUGUUAUGGAGAAAAAUAAAGUGGUGUUAUACAAUGGUAAACAACACCUACAAAUUAACUGUGACACACCAAAUUAUAGAUAUGGAUGCGUAAAGAGGAACAGUGUGGUAUGAAAAAACAAAUGAUAUUAAAAGGUUUCUAGAGACCUAUUAAAUUGUAAGACUGAAGGGUAAGUAGUUUAUAAAUGUUCCUAAGAUUUUUUUUAUUUUUUUUUUGGUUAUGGUAGUGUAGGAGUUAAUUAUUUUUGGGCCUCCCCGUAGAGCAGGGGUGGCCAAAAGAUUGCAGGAGAAUAUUCACAUGUAGACAUACAUUGUCACACACAAACACUGCCACAUGCAAGGACACACACACAUACACAGAUAUAAUCCAAUAAAUACACACACACACACACACAGUCACGUAUGCACAGAUGCAAACCCUGACAUACGUGCACAGAUCUACACCCUGUCUCAACUGCAUAGUUCAGCACACUGACACAUAUUCCUGUAGUUGUUAUGGUGUCUAUAGCCUGUCUCUAUGUAAACACUGCCUUUCCGGUUACCCUUAUAGUAGCAAUCACUCAUCGGCACGUCAUUUUGCCAUGAAUGCGCAAUAGCCUCCCAAUGCUUUCUUAUGGCCAUUAUAUGUUUGUGUUCCGGACACUAUAGUGUGCAUUUAGUAAUCUGGUCUUGUUAAAAAUAAAUAAAUUACUGAUUUUAAGUGAACUUCAGUCAGUUUUUAAAGGAACACUAUAGUCUCCUAAAUUACUUUAGCUAAAUAAAGCAGUUUUAGUGUAUAGAUCAUUCCCCUGCUAUUUCACUGCUCAAUUCACUGUUAUUUAGGAGUUUAAAUCACUUUGUUUCUGUUUAUACAGCACUAGCCACACCUCCCCUGGCUAUGAUUGACAGAGCCUGCAUGAAAAAAAAAAACUGGUCUCACUUUAACAAAUCUAAUUUAACUUAAAUAAUUGUAUCUCAAUCUCUAAAUUGAACUUUAAUCACAUACAGGAGGCUCUUGUAGGGUCUAGCAAGCUAUUAACAUAGCAGGGGAUAAGAAAAUCUUAAUUAAACAGAACUUGCAAUAAAGAAAGCCUAAAUAGGGCUCUCUUUACAGGAAGUGUUUAUGGAAGGCUGUGCAAGUCACAUGCAGGGAGGUGUGACUAGGGUUCAUAAACAAAGGGAUUUAACUCAUAAAUGGCAGAGGAUUGAGCAGUGAGGCUGCAGGGGCAUGUUCUAUACACCAAAACUGCUUCAUUAAGCUAAAGUUGUUCAGGUGACUAUAGUGUCCCUUUAAAGCAAAUCCAGAUCAUUGGGAUCAAGUGUUCAGAUGUCAACUCACCUUCAGGGGCUAACCCAUUUACCCCCACAACGGCAUCCGGCUAAAGCUCUGGACACCCACUGAGAGAAAUCGUACAUAGCUGAAGUUCCAAUUAUAACCAAAUACAUUUGUCUUCACAAUUUAUACAUAUGCUACACCCAACUGUAUUGUGUAUUUCAGAGAAGGAGUUCGGUUUCAGGCAGAGGAUCUAUCUGUCUUGCAAGGGCGCUAAUAACUGGGUUAUUAAUGUUAGAAUUGUUGGGAAUUCAAAGUGAUUUCACAUUUAAUACAGUUAAAAAACAUAGAAACACAGAAUGUGAUGGCAGAUAAGAACCAUUCGGCCCAUCUAGUCUGCCCAAUUUUCUAAAUACUUUAAUUAGUCCCUGGCCUUAUCUUAUAGAUAGGAUAGCCUUAUGCCUAUCCCACGCAUGCUUAAACUCCUUUACUGUGUUAACCUCUACCACUUCAGCUGGAAGGCUAUUCCAUGCAUCCACUACCCUCUCAGUAAAGUAAUACUUCCUGAUAGUCUUUAAUUAGAGGGGCAAAGGUUUAAAAACAAUAUGUUCUCUUGUAGUGGUAGUUUUUCUUCUUUUAAUUGUGCAUCACAUUGACACAUUUAAGUCUUGUGUUACUGGCCUGAAAUUGACUUACCCAUCAUGUUUUUAAUGACUCUUGUCAACCUUGUAUAGACACCAGUAUUCAUGUGUGUGGCAUUGUGUCAUAGGCUUUCUUAUAUUGUACACAAUGUCAUUUCAACUAUCUUCCCAGGAACCCGUGUUAUGCCCACCAAGCACUGCCGGUGUAGAACGUUGGGUGAGCAUCAUGUAUGGUGAAAGUUUGUGUGGGGAAAGAGCACUAAAUAAAAAGUUUGUGUUUUAGUACAUUUUACCCUCAAAUACAAAAUGACCAUAUUUUAAUAACCACAGUUUUUGCAGAAAAGAGAGCUAAUCUUAAGGAUUUUAACUCCUUAACGCCACUGGGCGUUCUAUGCCAUUCUGAAAAAUGUGAUCGCAGCACACCCUGGCUCCCCAAACUUGCUUAACGCGGCAACCUGGUUUGGUGGUACUGACGGACAAUCCAGAUCACGAUCACAUGACAAAUUCACACGAUUUAUUUAAUAAAAUACUUAGAAUAUAUAUUUUUUGUGUGUGUGUGUGUGUGUGUGUGUGUGUGUGUGUGUGUGUGUGUGUGUAUAUAUAAUAUAUAACAAUUUGUAGAGUAGAAAAACAAAAAAGCAAACAAACUUGCAGACACCUAGCAAAGUCUUCCAGGUCUUUAUAAAUGUUUAUCUGACACUAGAGUUUGGUUUCAAAGUGUGAUUUGUCUGAAUUUUGGGCGAUCUGAGGUUCCUAUGAAUUCUGUAACUUCAAAACACUAUGUGGAUGAAUCUUAAAAGAAACCAAACUGACAAUAGACAAACUAUUUUGUUUUGGAUUCGGUCUGUGAUGCCAAAAUACAAACAAACCAUGAUUGAUGGGGAAAAAAGGUGCUUAAGGGUCAGCAACUAAAUGUUAAUUUUAUUCACAGAUCGAAAGAGAAGUGACCAAUAUAGGUAUAAAAAUAAUGAGCAGUAUUUAAAAAAAUAAAUAAAAAAAAAUUAUAAAUAUAAAUAAAAAAAAAAUAAUAAUAAUAUUAUUAUUAUAAUAUUAUAAAUAAAAUUAUAAAUAUAAAUAAAAAAAAUAUAUAUAUAUAUAUAUAUAUAUAUAUAUAUAUAUAUAUAUAUAUAUAUAUAUAUAUAUAUAUAUAUACAAAAAUAUACUCUAGAUUUAUUUAUUAUAUUGUAUAAUUUGCAAUACACCCAUCACUUUUAACACCCUUUUUGUUAGUCUGGAAUCACCUUUCCAAAAACUAAAAUUAAUCAGAGCUAAAACUCCAUAUGGACAAAACCCAAAUCGACAAUUAAAAAGAAUUAAAAAAAAUCAAACUUUGACAUUAUCCCCGUUUGACACCAGAGUUUUCUUUGUCAACUGACAACACUAAGGAAGUGUACUCUCUAGCUCUUUAUUUUAUAGAAUACAUUCCAAGUAAAUAUUUAAACAGUAACUCUGUGUUCCAAUCAUACUGCAAUUAAGUAAUGCGUUUAACAAUACCAGCCAGACCCGUCUGCUCGGUAAGGAACAAUGAGCUUAUUAAACUAUGCCAACAGAAAGCAAAAUUAAUGCCUUUAGAAUCAUUUGUCAACUAUGAUAAGCUCUGUCAUGGUGGGAAUCUUUCGUUUGCACACUGCAAAGAAAACCACAAUUAUUCAAACAGGAAACCUAGACCCGUCCGCACAAUAAAAACCCAGGUAUUCAAGACGAAGGAUUUGUUGACAUUUAUUGGUAGCGUUCCACAGAACACUCGCACUUUGUCUAUUGUCUUAUGAAACAGAACAAGUACAUUUAAGAGAGGGUAAUGUCUUAUUUUGGUUCAUAGUUUAGACCUUCCAAUUAUAACUAUUAUUAUUAACUUUAUUGCAAGCUGAGCUGACAGUUGUGAAAUUUGAAACUUACUAUGUUAUCACUAAAGUGAUAUUUGUUGAGAAUUUAGAUUGAAUACAAAGUGAAGUUCUAAUUUAAGGUCCAUAAUAGAUACACGGGAAAACAUCUCCAAUUAAGCUAUGCUUCCAGUUUGACUACAAUGGCCUUACAUUUGAUAUUCACUUUAUUAUUAUUAUUAUUAUUAUUAUUAUUAUUAUUAUUAUUAUAUUUAUAGAGCGUCGUCAAAUUCCGCAGCGCUUUACAAUGGGUGGACGAACAGACAUGUAGUUGUAACCAGACAAGUUGGACACACAGGAACAGAGGGGUUGAGGGCCCUGCUCAAUGAGCUUACAUGCUAGAGGGAGUGGGGUAAAAUGACAUAAAAAGGUAAGGAUAGUAUUAGACUAGUGACAGUUGCAGAAGAGGAAUCAGUCAGAAGCUAUUAACAGUUUAAUUGAUACGCUUUUAUGAAGAAGUGGGUUUUUGAUGAUUUUUUUUGAAGGAGUGGAGACUGGGUGAGCAUCUAACGGAGGAGGGAAGCGAGUUCCACAGGAAUGGAAAUCUUGGUGGGAGUACGGACAGAAGCUAGACGUAAGUCUUCAGCAGAUCGUAAGGGCCUAGACGGGACAUACUUGUGUAUAAGGGAGGAUAGAUAGGUGGGAGCAGCAUUAUGUAGAGAUUUGAAAGCAAGAACCAGAAUUUUAAAUUGAGCUCUAUAUUUUAUAGGAAGCCAAUGUAGGGACUGACAGAAGGGUGAGGCAUAGGAGGUGCGGGCGGACAGGAAGAUAAACCUCGCCGCUGCGUUCAUUAUGGACUGUAACGGCGCAAGUUGGGAGCACGUAAGACCACGGAGAAGCAGAUUACAGUGGUCAAGGCGAGAAAGGACAGUGGAAUGGACCAACACCUUAGUCGCAUCUGGCGUUAAGUAGGGGCAGAUGCGCGCAAUGGUUUUGAGAUGGAAAUGACAGGAUUUGGCGGAUAGAUUGAACAUGAGGCUUGAAGGAGAGGUCGAAGUCAAAGAGAACACCUAGGCAGCGAGCCUGCAAGGUGGAGCUGAUGGUAGCACCGUUGACUUGGAGGGAGACAGACACAGGAGUAACAACACUUGAGGGAGGAAAGACCAGAAUUUCAGUUUUGGUCAAGUUUAGUUUAAGGAAGUGGGCAGCCAUCCAGUCAGAGACACUAGUCAAGAGGGACGGGGAGAGAUCAGGAGAGGACAGGUAGAUUUGCGUGUCAUCUGCAUAGAAAUGAUAUUGGAAGCCAAAGGAGCUAAAGAGUUUACCAAGGGAGGCAGUAUAGAUGGAGAACCGUAGGGGACCAAGGAUUGACACCAACAGAGAGGAGUUGGGGAGAAGUAGAGCCAGAGAGAGAAACACUGAAAGAGCGCUGGGAGAGGUAGGAGGAGCACCAGGAGAGAGCAAUAUCUUGUAGUCUGAUAUUGCGGAGGAUGAGAAGAAGCUGUUGAUGAUCAACAGUGUCAAAAGCCGCAGACAGGUCAAGGAGAAUUAGGAUAGAGUAGUGACCACGUGAUUUUGCAGCGAGUAGAUCAUUGGAUACUUUGGUCUGUGCCGUUUCCACAGAGUGCUUAGCGCGGAAAUCAGACUGAAGCAGGUCCAGCAGAGAGUUGGCUCUUAGGUAGUGUUUGUUCUCCUUAGUUUCAGGCACCUUUCAUUCUAAAAGCUAUCUCCUGGCAUGUCUGAAAGUGGUUCAAAACCCUGGACCAAGUUGUCCGGAAACUGCAUGGUUACCUCAUGCCGAAAACUGUUCAUAACGUUCACGGUCAGUCCCGCUGAAGUGACCGGGAACCACAAAGUCCUCAUGCCGAAAUUAGUUCCAUAGCGGUUGCGGCUAAGUACCACUGAGGAACAUUUGCGGGUUUGGUUCAUGCGAACGGCCGCCAGGGAGCUAGCGUUUCGAAUGAAGGGAAAGUGCCAAACCAGGGGCACCCAGGGAAAGCUGCUUAUGGCGGCUGGGCAGGGUAACUCCAGUUGGUGGGCAGGAGGCAAGCUUCCACACUCCUCAAGGAGUUCGUGGCAAACGAUAAAGGUUGCACUGUUUUGGUGUGAGCUAAUGCUAGAAAGUGGAAUGCUGUAAAAAAACCUGAUGAGUCUGAACCAAGGUUCAGCUGUACAAUGAUCAAACCUAGAACUAUGAACAACUUAAAACAAUAACAAUAAGUUUAGAAGUAGUGAAUACGUCACAAACUAUAUUUUAAAAUUUGCUUAGCUCUAAAAAAAAAUUUGGUUAAAACUAGUGUUUUUAUUUUGCUGGCAUUUUAGGAAUCUGCACUUCUGCAACCUCAACAGAUUCCAUAGGAAUUUCUUUAAACAGGGGAAUUUGGCCAUUUAUGUUUACGUUAUUGGUCUACAUGACCGUAUGUAGUACAAUAUAUUGCCGUUGUGUCAGUACCAAACUCGCAUUACGGUUCAAAGUUUCUGUCGUGUCCCUAUAUAGAACAGGAACUGACCAGAGCUGACCUAUUACUGCCCAACCCUCUGGCCCCAGUAGGGAGUCAACAGCAAUGAAGUGGUGGGAAGAGAGACCAUGGAUUGCCCUCUGCUCUUUGAAUUUUUUUUUCAUAAGAUCCAAAGUGGAGUUACAUUGGAUGCUGACAUCCUGUCCAUAAUGGUGUGUGUGUGUGUGUGUGAAGUCCUCUUUUAUCUUGCUCCUGUCUCAAGAGUUGGCUAACACUUACACUACAGCUUUUAUGCCUGUCAAUCCUUCUGAAAUGCUCCAGUAUAGUUAUCUGUAAGGCUGGACCUCCAAUACCAUCACCAUUGCCAGGCACCAUGGGUUGUCAACAGUGUCAUCAAUGAAAGAAGGGCACGCUGGCCAGUAGGAACAUGCCAUAAAUCUGGACAAUUAUGCUGAUGAUUUUGUUAACCUGCGGUUUUAACAUGGAUCUAGACUGAAAUCCAACAAAGUUUGACUCCUUACAAUAGGGGAGGGGGUGUUAAGCAACCCGGCAUCAAACUUACAGCAAGUUCCCUCUGUGCUGCUUAUCUCCUCUCUAUCUGUGUUCAUGCAGGAGGUAUUACCUCCUCCAUGAUGGCAAAAUCCAAUACUCCUUAUAAAGAAACAGUUGGGAUCUGAUGUUAAUGCAUGCCGGGGGCUAAGUAAGCUUCCCCGUUGAAAGCAUUAAAUAAAUGCUUACCUAUGGAAGGCUUCCUCAUCAUGUGAUCAAGUUUUACUCGAUCAGUGCUGCAAAGCGCCUCUAGUGGCUGUCAGGAAGAAUUUAACCCUGCAAUGGAAACACAGUAGCUUCAAAAAACGUGAAAUGUUUUAUACACUGCAGAGUUAAAAGGGCUGGAGCACUGCAUCGAAACUACUGUGUGACGAAGCUCCACCACGUCCGCUACCUAGCUACUUGCCGGGGACCUGGAAUGCUUCAGUCGCCGAUGCUUGACUGGGGUCUCUUCAGAGCUCUUCCACCCGACCAGGCUGCAGCUGCCCUUGUAGGCAGGGAUUGUCCCCUCUGCCUAUUCUGCUUUAGCCCUUCUUCUAGGCAGGGAUUGUCCCUUCUGCCUAUUCCUCUGCAGCUCUGCUAACAGUGAUUGAUUAUAGCUAUUGCCUUUACAAAAGCACUUGCAGCUCUAAGGCCUAGCUCACUUGAUUAAUCCUAGGACUAGUGGGAUCCUGCAACUAGCCAACAGGUCCAAACACUGUUUCUGGGAUUACUAAAAACUCACACCGGACAAAACAAACCAGCAUGCAAUACUUUAUUUUAUUUGUGACUAGCCCAUAUGUUCAUUACAUAAAGCUUGCUGUGACACACCUACUAGUAAAAUACAAAUAACCAAAACAUGUCAAAAAACAUGCAGAGAAUUAUAACAUUUUUAUAAAAGGGUGGUAAGAACAUAUUAAACAAAAAACAUCUCUCCUGCUUGCAGAAAUGGCAAUAUGCAAAUCUACCUGAAUAUGCAAAUUAGCAAUCCUUGCUAUUCAGGUAGUGCAUACAGUGGUUGCUAAAUCCCUGCAACCAACAGGUGGCGCUGUACAGGCUCCAAAGCCAAAUCCACUUAGUUGAUUGCAAGCAUUAGCAAGACAGGAGAGCACACGAUCAUUUAACCCCAAACAACCACAUUACACACACACACCCUGCCCCCACAAUGGAAACCGGGUGAUUUAAACAUAGGAAUAGUCCAUGGCCCUACAUAAAAUGUCCGUAUUAAACCCCAGGUUAUGGUGACUACUGUCACAAACUGCAUUGAGAUGAAGUUACCCGGGUAACUUUUUAAGUGUUUUUUUUAUUUUUUUUUAUCCAAGAAUCAUCUGAAUGCUACAUUUUAUCAAAAAGAAUUCCAUCGUAGUGUAAAAAAAAAAGGGGGGGGGGGAGGAAGUCAGCCUACGCAUUUUGUGCAUUACCCCUUUAAUAUAUAACAAAUCUGGUUUACAUUGGCCAGCUGGAAAAAAUAUUUAUCCUUUUCUAGAAAUGUUAUUACAAAAUAUUAGUUUUUAUAAAAUAACACGCUCAGUAAUGUGUAUCCUCAUCUUUAAACUUAUAUAUCAGCUUGUUUUUACAAUUAUUACAAUUAUGAUUUUGUACUCUUCUUAGUUUACAGAUGAUUACAUGAGAAAGAUGCCACAAGGGGAAUGGCCAAAGAUAAUUAUAGUUGCUGAUGGAUCUUGUGGGGAGUCAAGUUCCCUUCUGGGGGUCAGUUCGGAGUACAUUGUUGAGUCCUGCAAUGCUUAUGGGGCAAAUGCCGUCUUGGAAAGACCAGACCAAAGGCAGGUAAUGUUUGUUCAUCGGGACAUUUGCACAAUGUAUGUAUAAGUAUUUGUGUGCAUUAAACACUUAAAGGAGCACUAUAGUCAAGAUAUAAAAGCAAGAAAGACUGGUACCCUAGCCUUCUUUCUUGUUUUCAUACUAACUUCCCCUUAAUAAAAAAAAAAUUCGAGUCCUUAUUUAUAGAUGAAACUUACCUCCGUUCCAGUGCCGAGAUCCUCGGCAGGCCGCGCCCCCUUUUUCGUCAAAAUGACGAUGUAGCAGGGCUCAAUCAGACGCUUCUUGUCAUAGCGACCUGGUGCGCAUUCGCGGCUUCGCGCUGCACCAAUUGCGUUCAUUCAUAGGAUGGCAUUCAAUGCCGCUCUAUGACGAACACUGAGUGCUCUACCACGCAUGUGCGCGGUAUGCGCGUUUGCGAGCUGACCUGACAGCUCAGCUCGCUUUCUAUGCCCGCAACGCUCCAGCCCAAUGUAUAAAGUAUACAAACACUAUAUAUCUCUUUUUCUAUCUCUCUCAUCUCCCCACACUGUCGGCUCUGAUUGCUGAUAGGCUCCAGGGUUAACUACAGGACACAGGAGGCGCGUUCACAGUGCCUCCUGUCUCCUGAUAUCACAUUUGAUGUAUUCACCCAAGCGUGAACACUUCAAACGUGAUAAAUGCGAAUUAGGCAGCCCUGAACUCUGAAGUCCCUCUGGUGGCCAUCUGAGUGACUGCCACUGGAGGUGUUCCUAGCUUACAAGGUAAACAUGUGAGAGGCUGCAGGGAGCUAUUGUUCUCACCUAAACAACCUCAUUAAGCUGAAGUUGUUCAAGUGACUAUAGUGUCCCUUUAACAUGGUUCCGAGUUAUCUUGAUCUAAAGCUUGUCCUGUAUGUCCCACUCUCUAGUAAACACCUUGAAAUAAAUUCCGCUAAAUGCGUAUCGUACUGCUAGAGGUUUCUAUGACAUUCCAUUAUGUGUUCCAGUUUUUGUUUUGCAACUAAGUGCAGAUAAAGGCCUCCACAGAUAUGGAUCAAGAUAAAGACUUACAAACCAGGGCAGUAAACAGCCAUGAACUUGACAUAGGAAUAAACCAGCUGAUCAAAGUAGAUAUGAUAUAUUGAUAACAAAUAUUAUUGUGGGUACCUUAAAUGGAACUCCACUGCCCAAAUACAAAAUCACUAUUUUAGUAGAUAUACACCCAAUGAAAACAUGCAUGUUUUUAACUCUACAUUUUCUCCCCUAAUAAGCCACAAUUGUACAGUUCUAGUGUUCUAUAAAGAUCAAGACCAUAUUAAUGGAAUAUUCAGAAAUCCAGAUUAAGUUUUAAGCAUUUUUAGGAGAAUCUUGGCAAAUAAGGAUAGAGUAAGCAGGGACUGAUUUCCCACAGGAAUAAGACAAGUUGGCUUACAGUGGUUGGCAUUUAUCAAUGUGGUAAUUGUGUAGCAUGCCGUUAUAUUCAAGGGAAUCCAAAAUUAUCUCAGAUGCUAUGGGCACACUCAGGGUUCCAAUUAAGCAAUUUUUUUAAUUGCAAUACAGCGGGGGUGGUUUACCUUUUGACCUGUGAGUGUUGUCCUAAAGUAUGUGUCGAAAACAAUUCACCAACUAAAGAGGAGGAUUAUGGAACAUGUCCACUCUGUAUCCACCCUCAAGGAUACUCCAGUGGCCAGACAUGUCAGGCAUUCCACAAUGAUUCCCUGAGAGGCAUGAGAUUUAUGGGGAUAGAGCGAGUCAUGGGUAGGAAAAAAGGGUGGUGAUCUCAACUUAACCCUCAAGAAAAGGGAAUUCUUUUGGAUCCAUAAAUUGGAUACCCUGGCACCUAAAGGACUAAACUAAGGAUUCACCUUUACCCCCUUUAUCGGUACCUAGUGUGUUAUUUCAUAUUUGUAAAUAUAUUGUAAAUUUCCACAGGGAUAGAAGAAGAAAAUGUAUAUACACACUUAUUUUGUGUGUUCAAUGUGAUUUAUUAAAUGAAAACUGACAGGUUGCAUCUCUAAUCCAUAGUAAUUUGGGUAAAUGCGUAUAAGGGAGCUUUUUUCAUACCUUGAUUCUCAUGGAUCAAUAAGCAAGGAUAUAAUUUCGUUCACAUGACGAGAUCCAUUCGAGAUUAAGCUUGUAAAGAAAGAGUUCUAGAACUGUAUCACUAGUCAGAAUGAAUGCUCUAUGGACAGAGCAUCAUUCCUGAAUAGGAAUACAUAGCCAUGUAUAUAUGCUAACUACAGUGUAAUCACUCUUAUACAACCUCUCUUUAGAUUUAGUUAGAGUGAUUUAUUUAUUUUUGGUGAUUUUAUUUGUUCUAUGUUUCCAAUAAAGGUAUACAUUGUAUAUGACAAUUUUAUUCAUUAGGGAUCCUUCUGUGUCUUCUUGACCUUAGGCCACUUAGACAUUUUUGUACUUAUCCAUGUGUAAUUAAAGGGUUAACCACCAAUAUUGGAUCUGUACACACACCAUAUAAGUCUCUAUUAGGGAUUUUUUGUCUGUCUAGGGACUGACUGUAUACUUGAAUUGUGGAACAUAGAUGCUAUAAAAGUCAUCCUUUUUAUGAAGUUAACCAGCGACCUUAGAUUGCUAAAGCUCUGUGUACGACGUGUGCGUGGUCUUCUUUUCUUGUCCGUACAUCUGUCAAUGAUUUAUUGAUAUUAUAAAGUAAAUAUUAUUAAACCCUUACUCUUAGAACAAGUCAUACACCAUACACGCUGUUCAUAAAAAAUAAAAACUCCAAAACAAUUAUCUUCUAAGACACUCUGGUAAUGGUGUGAGUACAGUAAAUUAACUAUUGGAAUGUGGCCUCAAGUCUGUGGGUUACAUUUGGAAGAUUUUGCAAUGUAUAGUUUAUUGCCUGAGCUCAGAAUAUGCCAAACAAAGAACGCUGGCAUUGUGAAACAUGGACGGCUACUUUCUUGAUGUCUGACAGGCUUAAAGAUCUAUUUCAAAGACUGAUGUCGCAAUUUAAUAUCUAUUUACGUAUGUUAUUCUGACUCCUGAGAUAUUUUGAAGAUGGGAUUCAUAAAAAAAAAUAUUCUAGAACUGCCACCCCUUACUGCCCGCAUAAUUUCAGUGCCUCUAUACCCGGUUAACAAAAUGAAAUGUUUCUUGUUACAGAAAGUACAAUAGGCCAGACUGUAUUUAGUUUUUUGAGAGAACUGUCUGUCCUAUCUAACAGUCAUAGUGGUGGUGAUGGUUUGAAUUGACAUUUAAGACGGCAUUAUUUGUUUUCAAUGGGGACAAGUUUAGCCAUUUGUUGCUCUGAGCAUCGAAAGAUUCUGUUAUUGAUAUUCGGCCAUUGUCUUGUCUUAUUCAUUGUUUUAUGUAUACAAAUGCAAUUCAUGCAAAAUGAGAUUCGAAAUCUUCCCGUAGCUUGCUUGCUAGUAACAAAUGGCAUAUUAGAAAAUGUAUAUGUGCAUCUGGAAUGUGAGAAAUAAAUACAUAAAUAUAUAUAUAGACCUUCUCAUCGAACAUUAGUGCCUGACCUCACAAAUGCUCUACUGGAUAAAUGGGCAAUAAUUUCUGCAGAAACACUCCAAAAUCAUAUGUAAAACCUUCCUAGAAGAAUCAAAGCUGUUUUAGCUGCAAAGGGUGGGCCAACUACAUAUUAUUGUCUAGGUAUUUAGCAUGUGAUGUCAUUAAAGUCCCUGUUGGUGUAAUGAUUAGGUGUCCCAAUACUUUUUGUCCAUAUCAUAUGUGUAUGAUUUGCUAAAGAGUUGCAAAAUAACUUAAAUCUUUUCUCUCUCUCAAAGACGAAACACAAUUAUCUCCAUCUUUAAAAGUGUAUGCGUUCUUAUCUUCUCAACUCCUAUACAAGCUAAAAAAAAAUGUUUUUUGUUUUUUUUCGAGUAGGAUUCAAGAAUGAUAUAAGCUCAAUGAAACUCAUUUGCCUUGGAAAGCCUAUUUUAAAAUACAUGUAUUCAUACCGUCCCUUUAAACAUUGCCUGUUUGCCUUCCAUCUUCAUUCUUGUUAAUGCUUUAUGUUUAUUUAAACAGUUUUACCGUUUGCAGCUGGCCAGUGCAGUGAUGUUUAUUUUGCACUUCGUGUUUUAGUUACAGUAAUAAACCCGCGUUCUAUAUUUACUCAGAGGAGAUCUCCCCAGGAAAUGAAACAUCUGUAGCCCUAAUGACAAACAUUAGUAUAUACCGAUAACAAUGUGAAUGUUCUCGAGCGAUAAUAACUGCUUUGAUGUUUCAAAGCCCCAACUACUUGAAGAUGAGUUCUUAAUUAGUGCCAUUAUUAAUUGUUAAUGAAUGCAAUAAUGAGUCAGAGCAGUGCUUGUUUCAUCAGGAAAAUGUUAAGAACAUAAUGAGAUGUUCUUUAAUUUUUGAUUUUUUUUUUUUAUAUAUAAACCUAUUUUCUAACGUGAUUCACACAGGUGCCGACACCAGAAAUCAGGGCUCACAAUCUGUACUUUGAUCUUUCUGCUUAUGGCAUUGAUGUCACAAGUGCUGGAAAAGAUCUCAAUCACCCAUCUUGUCUAAAGCCUGGAUUCCACGUAAAGAUCUAUGGAACGUUCCGUAACCGAUACAUGGCCUUAGCAUGCCCAGCGUCAGAUGCUAAAGUUGUUCGAUUUUUACGGCAUACAACGAAUUCCUCUGUAAGUACUAAUGUCAUGGCUACUGUAAGCAAUGGCUAUGUCUAAUUCACUUUUCCUGUAUCCCGACCUCCUGCAAGAUCUCCAAACUUAUUUUCAUAUCUACACAGUAUCUAGCCUCCUCCCAGCUAUUAUUAUCAUUAUAUUCUAAGUGAGUGACCUCAAAUGCUAUUUCAAAAAACAGUCUGGUCUGGUUUUUAAAACAGUCGUAAAUAAAACAUGAACUGAUUUUUUUUUAUUUUUUAUUGUUUUGUUUAUGACUUUUGAUUUGAUUACGGUCUUAGCAUUGUCUAAUUUUAAAGAGUUGGCUUUAAUUUGUUAUCUGUGUAUUACAUGCACCAGGAAUUAAAAUUGCAUUGUGUUGGUUGAUCCUGCGCACGUCUUAUCUAAAGCUGCAUUGUUUUGUGUGUGUGAUGAAAACGAUCCGUGUCACUUUGUCCCCAAUGUACGAUACACUUUAACUUUUUUAACUGACUCAUCAGUCAUCCCUUAAAAAGACUGCAGGGACAGACCAUAAUCACCAGAACAACUACAAUAAGCUGUAGUUGUUUUGGUGCCCAGAGUGUUUCUUGUGCCUCUGCAGUUUGAAAAUAACCCUGUAUUUUAUGCCAGUUUUAAAAACCUAAAAUAUUGGCUGUAGAUUUGUAUAUCUACAACUGACACCGUAUUUAAAUUGAAAUGAUUUACUUCUUAACUAUACCUGGCAAAGUGAUGCCACCUACCAGCUUCUUUUAUUUUAUUUAAAAUGCCAUGUGAAUCAUCUUUGCAUGAAUUGUUGGACACACUGUGAACAUAGAUUUUGACUACAAUACGGGUACAAAAUCACUAUUCCAGAUGAAUGUACAGGAAAUGUUGACAUUUGCAUGUGAUGUAUUUCAUACGUAAAGAUAUGCUUUACAAGUUAUUUUAUGCUAGAGACCUAAUUAUAAAGCUAAAGCGUGCUUUGUUGAAAGGUCAAACUCUGGUGCAUUUGAGAGUAAUGAAAAUCAUACGUUACAACAUUAUUAUCGUACUUCUAAAUGGUGGUGAGUCAUCUGCCUGUGCAUCAAAUGUCUAGUUACUAACUGGCUUAUUCUUUGGGUUACCAGGUAACCAGGGGGAGAACAUAUCUCUCCCUUCUAAUUUAACACCUAUAUUUCAACACUAACGGACUUGUCAAAUAUUUAUCAAUGUUGUUUAGUGUUUGUACAUGUAGGAGCUAGCUUUCGAAUAGAUCAUUGAGGUCCAUUGACUUGGAUUUUCAGAUUACCUAGUAAUGGUCCAUGACCUGUUCAUGACUGGUGACAUGGUAUUUUUACUUUUUAGCUCCAGAGGUUAUUUAGAAAAAGUAAUUAAUUUGUAAACUACAAAGGUUAAAAUUCAGUAUUGGUUUAAAUGAACAGGAUUUGUUUAUUUCUUUUUUUAUGUCCAAUAAUAUCUGGUUUAAAGAUUUUAAAGCUUUGGCCAACAAAAUAUUUUAAUGUGGCCAAUGGGCUACCCAUCCUUGAAUAGAGUGAUAUAUCCGAGAUCUAUAGAGGGUAUUGCUAUGGUUAAAAACACUCAGGAUUUCAGCACAAAAAAUAUUUGGUUAUCCUUUCCAAACAUCUCACCCCUGGCCCAUCCCAUUCAGAGCUAUAGCCCAGCCAGCCCCCAUUAGUGAUGCCCCUAAUUGCGUGGAUUGCUGGUGGCCUGAUUCAUGUCAGUUAGAGGGGAGUCUGUCUGAUAAUUCCUCCCAACUGGAUUUGCCCUUAAAUUGCUCAGUUCUUCGCAUGCAGAGAUGGUUGGCCAACCGUAUAUGACUCUCAGUGAGAUAAAGAAUCUUUUCCAAUGUUCUUUACUGUGCUUGAGGAGGCUGGCCGGCUUAAUAGCAGUGUUGGCCUGUGCUGACUGCUCCUGAUAGUCUCAUUAGUAAAGUUCUGAUAAUUGGCAGUUGUUUACCAGUACUUCUAGGAUGAGGCUUACAGGCUAAACACAGCCUCUACUGAGAGCUUAGCCACAUUACAGGGAGGAUAUUCUACUGUGUGUUGUUCUGUAUGGGAGUGUGUAACUGUGUGUGCGAUAUUGAUUUGGCUGUACAGGUUCAUAUCUGACCAAAAGGAUCCACGUCCCCAAUGGUAAACUAUGGUUCGGCAGUGGCCCCCAAAUCAAUUGACUACAUGAUAUUUGAUAUGAUAUAGAUUUUUGAUCUAUGUUAUUCUUGAUAUACAUUUGAUUGAGUGCUGUUCCCUUGAGCCUGAAUUUAUAGUGUGACAACAUAGCAUCAUGUAUUUUUCUUAAUACUAUCCAUCCUGUACAAGUUAGUCUGUGAGAUAUCCUAAUGUAGGCUCUUGCCAAAGCCCAUAAACAUUAAUAUUCUUGUUUCAUUUGAUUAGUCAUCCUUAUUACUGAUCAUGUUCUGUAACAAAGCUUUCCUGGCAGAAUGUUAGAGAUAUAUAAAGAUAAUUAUCUUGCUUGUUGGUAUGCUGUAUUCUGGAAUAUAGUGUACGGAUUAAAUACGGCCCUGUGCUCUGUUAUGUUGACCUUUCUUGAGCGUGGUUGUGAGCUCUUGUUUCACAAAGCAAUCUCUUAUGUUCAUUAAUUUCCUGAUUUUAGGUAAUGAAAAAUAUUUUCCAUCAAUCAUUCAAUGCCUACAAGACAGACAUUGAGCCCAGGAUGAGCGAUUUAUCUGUUCAACAUCUGCAAUGCAGUCGGAGACUCUUUGAGAUCAUGCUGUCACACAGAAGGGUGACCUCUGCAUUCAUAGAAGGGGACAACAUCGCAGUGACUCUAGAAGGAGAGGCCGCAAGAGUACUGAACUUUGAUACAGGUCAGCACUAAUUUGUGUCUCAAAUCAACCAGUAAGUGUUAAGCGUGAGUAUAGACGUGUCUACUUAGCCCUUGAACCAUACCUUGCAAUAUUUUAAAUGUACACUUUAAUUUUAGGGGGUGUGAGUGGGGGUGUGGGGCUGUUACUUACUAAUAACAAUUUAUUUAACAAAAAUGUAAUUUAGAACAAUAAAAAUGUUACCAUUUAUUUUAUUUACACGGCUGACUUUAAACACAAUUAUUGUAGCUCUGUUAUACCCUCAGACACACCAACAAUAAAGAGAUCCUGAAAAAGAGGGACAGAGGGAUUUGGGCCCAAAUUAGAGACGGUCCCUCCUAAGUAGGGACACUUGGAAGGUAUGCUUAAGCAGUGCAACCCUACUGCACACAGGAGGCAAGUAAAAUAAGAGGGUGGUUUAACCUGGAUAAAUAUAUAGGUUGUAUGUAUCUGUGUAUAUUUAAACAAAUGGGGGGUUUUAGUUACCUCCAAUGGCCAUAGGAGGGUAUGCAAACUAAGAGGUCUUGACGUGGCAGGUGGACAUACCCUCUCAUGGCCAUUAGAGAUAACUAAAAACCUCCAUUUGUUUAAAUAUACAUAGGGAUUUGGGAAAGAGCGCAGGUAACUUUUUUUCUUUGGUUUUUACUGUAUGUAUUUGGGCUGAUGUGUACUAUGGCCGUUGCCUCCGCCCUGGAGUAAUGGGAGUUUGAGCGCAGGACUUGUUUUUUUUUGUAUUUGUAUGUAUCUGUGUGUAUAUGGGUUUUAUGCUCUAUCUUGUCUGUUUGAUAAAUGAUUCCCUGGAUACAGGGGCGUACCUAGAGCAUUUGGCACCCGGGGCGGAUUCUGUGCUUGGCACCCCCUUGGCCCCCCACCCCCUCCUCCCCCAACAAAAACACCUUUGCAAAACCGCUGUCAGCCCCUCCUACAAAACCCUUGUACUGCUCCGCCCCUCCUACAAAACCUCUGUCCUGCCCCUUCUACAAAUCCUGUACUGCCCCGUCUACAAAACCCCCACAACCCCCUUCCACAAAUCCCCUGCUUAUCCCCCCUUAUAAAGACUCCUGUCCCAAUACAAAAACCCCGCCCCCUUCUACAAAAUCCCUGCAGACUGUCACACACUCAGUUACAGGCAGACUGUCACACACUCAGUUACAGGCAGACUGUCACACACUCAGUUACAGGCAGACUGUCACACACUCAGUUACAGGCAGACUGUCACACACUCAGUUACAGGCAGACUGUCACACACUCCGUUACAGGCAGACUGUCACACACUCAGUUACAGGCAGACUGUCACACACUCAGUUACAGGCAGACCAUCACACGCACACAGACACACAUGUAGUCACAGACAGUCUUAUAUACAUUGACACACACACAUGACAGCAGCAGACAGUCACAUGCACACAGUCACAGACCGUCACACACGGUUACAGGCAACAUCAGUCAGUCACAGGCAGACAGUCACACAUACACUUUUCCUCCGUGCGGCCAGUUUAUCAGCUGUUUGCUUGUGUGAGCUGUACUGGUUAACUACCAUGGGGCACUGUGCGGCCACAGCUCACACAGCCUCCUCCAGCCAGGGCCGGUGCAAGGAUUUUUGCUGCCCUAGGCAAAAGUAAAGUUUGCCGCCCCACCCACAUGAUCUGCCAUGUUAACUAACGCCAGUGCUGCAGUGCCGCCGUGUUUAAAAGGCCUGCAGGGACAGGCUAUAGACACCAGAACCACUACAUUGAGCUGCAGUGGUUCUGGGGACUAUAGUGUCCCUUUAAUGUGAGGUAAAUUAGAGCUUAGUGCCACGAAUAAUAUACUAGAUUGCCUACUUACAACCAGAUGAGGAUGAUGAUGGGCUCUAGCUGCAGUCUGGCUCCACUGGUCUGGUGUAGAACAGGCUCUCUGGAGGCUGUUUGUAACUAUGGUCACAAAAAUCAAUGUUCUGGGAGAACGGGAAGCAGCUCCAUUUUUGGGGGGCCCUUUACACAGCUCAAGGUCUGGGUCCCAGGGUCCACCUUCAUGUUCCACCAAUGAGUUUGUUCACAGGGGGUGGAGUGUGUAGGGGAUGUCCUGGUAUGUGUGUAAGGAAUGCAUUGUGUGAAUCUGUGUUUGUAUGUGUAAGGGCUGCAAGGUGUGCUUCUGUGUAUGUACAGGAUGCAGUGUGUGUGUCUGUAAGGGGUGCAUUGCGUGUGUGUAAUGAAUGCAUUGUGUGUGUAAGGGAUGCAUUGUGUGUAACGGUUGCAAUGCUUGUGUGUGUGUGUAAUGCAUUGUGUGUUUUUCUGUGUGCAAGUGGUGCAUUGUGUGUGAUGAAUGUCAAUCUCUCCCCCCCUCCAAUUUCCUUCUCCCCCCCCAAUUUUUUUCUUUCCCCUCCUCCCAAUUUCUUUCUUUAUCCCCCCAAUCUUUCUUUAUCCCCCUCCCAAUUUCUUUAUUUAUCCCCUCUCCCAAUUUCUUUCUUCAUCCCCCUCCCAAUUUCUUUCUUCAUCCCCCUCCCAAUUUCUUUCUUCAUCCCCCUCCCAAUUUCUUUCUUUAUUCCCCUCCCAAUUUCUUUCUUUUUCCCCUCCCAAUUUCUUUCUUUAUUCCCCUCCCAAUUUCUUUCUUUUUUUCUUUAUUCCCCUCCCAAUUUCUUUCUUUAUUCCCCUCCCAAUUUCUUUUUCUUUAUCCUCCCAAUUUCUUUCUUUAUCCUCCCCAAUCUUUCUUUAUCCCCCUCCCAAUUUCUUUCUUUCCUCCCAAUUUCCUUCUCCCCCACCACUGUUGUAGCGUGGCCGAGCCUUCUAUGGUCCAGGGAGUGGCGUACUAAGGGGGGGUGGAGGGGGCGGUCUGCCAGCCCCGGGUGCCACCAGGGUGGGGGUGCCAUGACCCUCAUGCUGCAGCCGCCCGAGCGAGCGCUCUGUAGAGAGCCUCAGGCGGCUGCAGCUUUGCCUGGGCUGAAGGCACACCGCACCGCCCCGGCGCAGCAUGAGGAGAGGCGCUGACAGGAGGAAAGCACUCAGCACUCACUCCUGUCACUCCCUCACUGUAGCGUGGCCGAGCCCUCUAUGGUCCGCGGGUACAGGGAGCAUCUGUCUCCUGUACCCGGCCGGACUAAAAGGAUACAUACAUACAUACAUACAUACAUAAAUUUUUUGCUUAUAUGUUUAAUAUAUAUAUUAAUAAAUAAUAUUCUGCUAAUAUUGGCACCCUUGUUAAAUAUGAGCAAAAAAGGCUGUAAAGAAUGUCUUUAUAUAAAAAGCCAUUACUGGUCAAUGGAGGGAGACUGUGGUGGGAGCCUUCCCACAUACUGUCACUUCCUCCUUGUUACAUUUACCACCCUUCACUUGUCAUACUCGCCACCUUAACUUUGUCAUAGUCCCACCUACUUCCAAAACCAUGUAACACUCACACACCCCCCCUUGCUACACUUACUCUCCUCACUCUGCCAUAGUAACCCUACCACACCCACCACUCUAAGUCUCUCAUACUCCGCACCCUAACCAUGUCACAUUUUCCAUCCUACCACAGUCACUCACCACACCUCACCCUACCACAGUCACUCCUUAAUCACUAUUUCACAGUCACCCCACUUUAGUGAUCAUACACUGUCGCCUCCCACAUAUGAAACACAACCUCACCAAAAACACAACACACAAAGCCCACAAGCCGCCUCCUUUACACAAAACACAAUUGCUUUAGAAGCUGUGGUGGCUGUGGGCGGGUGCAUUGUGGGAUCUCCCUGAUCCCAGUGUGCACCUGCUGCCUGCACUUGAAAGGAACAAUUAGGUCAUUGCCUUGGGUAAAAAUAAAUGUUAAGCUUUGCCACUGAGUGUAUGUCUUGGAAGUGUUGGAUAAUGUACACAGUGGACUACAUUAAAAUUGAUAUAUGCUUGACUUUAACAGCAAAGUAUUUAAUGAGCAGGGAUAUGUAGAUAAUAUUUUAUUUGAGCAGGGAUAUGUAGAUAAUCUAUUAAAUGGGAAUAUUUAAAGGAACACUAUAGUCACCAAAACAACGUUGGCUUAAUGAAGCAGUUUUUGUAUGUAGAUCAUGCCUCUGAAGUUUCCCUGCUCAAUUCACUGCCAUUUGGGAGUUAAAUCACUUUGUUUCUGUUUAUGCAGCCCUAGCCACACCUCCCCUGGUUGUAACUCAUGCAGUGCAUGAAAACAAAAUGGUUUCACUUUCAAUCAGAUGUAACUUACCUUAAAAUAUUUUAACUCCUGCUUUGUAUUAAACUUUAAUUGCAUACAUGAGACGUCUGCAGGGUCUAGCAAGCCAUUAACAGAGCAGGACAUAAGAAAAUCUAAAUUAAACAGAAUUUACAAUAAAGGAAGGAUAAACAUUAGCUGACUCUUUACAGGAAGUGUUUAGGAAGGCUGUGCAAGUAACAUGCAGGGAGGUGUGACUAGGGCUGUAGAAACAGUGUUUUAAAUCACAAAUGGCAGAGAAUUGUGCAGUGUGACUGCAGGGGCAUGAUUUAUACACCAAAACUGCUUCACUAAGCUUAAGUUGUUUUGGUGACUGUAGUGUCCCUUUCAUGAUAAUUCCCCUUAAUAAAGCACAGCAAGCCAGCAUCGUUUAUAGCAGGUGUUUAUGACUCUGUCUUGUGAAGUUAAACCUCAUUCUUAUGUAGUUUAGGUCUCUGCAUGUCAAUUUUCUUAACAGAGCCACUCUAAACGUCCAAUCACUACAGCUUAUUGUAGUAGUUCUAGUGAAAGGCGCCCUCUGUCCCGUCUUUGUCAACCAUAUUUGGGCAGUUUGACCAUAAACGUGGUCCUUCCAACACACAAAGCCUGCCCCCUCAGGCUGCCGAAUAUUAAGUGAGUUUUUUUUUUUUUUUACUCAUAUCUUCAAAAAUAGAUAUCAAUAACAUGCUGGUCAUUAUUGUCCAAAUUUGCAUCCCCAAUGAGAGAAGUGAAAUUCCUUCUAAUGAUGCCCAAAGCAGAGAAGAUUGCAUAAAGGAGCAUCAGUCAUAGGUAGUGAACAGUCUAUUACUGACCUAAAUUUUUGUAGAGAAAAUGACAAAGUAAAACACCAUUAUUAUUUGGUGGCCACGGAAGGUGCCGAGAGAGUCCAGUUUUUUUUUUUCCUCAAUUGCUUGAAAGCUGUGAGCAAACAAACUGGAGAGAGAACGCACAAAGACACUUUGCAGCAUAACUACCACAAUAAGCUGUAGUGCUUAUGGUGCUUACAUUGUCCAUUUUAAAGGAACACAGCAUUAUAAACAAGUAUUUUUUUCUUUAUAAUGCUGGAGUCUCUUGCCCCACCCCUUAAUAUCUGUAAGUAAAGGGUUACUUGCCUCUAAACGAGCCCCAGACUAUUCCUUGCCACGUCUCUGCCCUACCUCCAAGAGAUUAGCAGGACAGUACAGUCAAAGUACAUGUGUCUGUUUAUGAGACUAAUUUCUUUCCAUUUUGUUCUGGGAUACAAAGCAAGCAACAAAAGCAGCCUUCUUUUGAAAUGGGCACUUUUAUACAGAGACUAAGAAAGACCACUCUGUUGACCCCUAAAGCAUUUCUAGCUCGUUUUAACAGGAUCCUCAUCAAUGUAUUGUUCCUGUUACAUUUUGUCAGUGUCUCAUGUUGUUAAACGUAUCCCCUUUAUAAUAUUGUAAAGUGCUUCGGAAUAAGUUGGCGCUAUAUCAAUGCCAAUUAUAACAAGCUGAAGUGCUUUAGGACUUUGUAGUGUUCCUUUAAAUAUGAGCAUAACACAUUUAAAGCAACAUGAGAAAUAUCAGGGCUCCCUCUUGUGGUUAAAAUUAGGAAUUAUUCAUGAAUAUUCUAUCAGUUGAAACUCCCCGCGCGAGAGAGAGAUCUGUGAAUAAUGGACCGUAGAUAAUGAGCCAUGGGGUUGUCAAUUAAGAACCCUUUAUAUUUUGCAGACACCUUUUUAAUUGCAACCUCCAAUAGCUGCAAGGUGACAAAAUAAACCAACUAAUAAAACAGGGGAGAGGAACCAUAAAUCCAAACCCCCAAUAACACACUUCCCCUUUGUUUGAUACUCAGCCUACAGGUCCGAGUAUUAAUGCUUUGCUAUAAAACUGUUCUAAUGUAUUUUUUUUUUUUUUUUUGUAUCAAGAUUUGUGAUUUUUGUCAAACCUUUUUCUUUUUAGUGCCCUUCACUUCAUCUGGGGUUGUCCCCCUUUUCCUUAUUCCUUAGACCCUCUCUGGAAUCUCAUAAUCAUUCAGGAGCAGCUUCCCUAAUAGCUUGGAUGAUUUCAGGGGUGUCUGGAAUGUCAAUGGUCUACUGGCUGUUGCUCAAGAUUUACUCUGGGAUUCCUGUGCCCCAGGGAAUAGACUUAGUUAUAUCAAUGGAAGGUAUAGCAACCUAUACAUGUACCUUACAUUUCUAACUUCAAAAGUUCCAAUAUAAAAACAUGUAUUCCAAAAAAAUGUAAAUGUAUAAUAGUGUAAAACCAAAUGGUAGAAAAAAGAUCAAGGGACCACUCACAUAUUCUUGAGCUAUAAACCUAGCUCAAGUGGGAUGCACCCAAGGCACUGUUAAGGUGACUCUCUCCCCCUCUCGAUACAAGUAGGUCUUCUUUUUUCUAUUCCUGUAUAGAAGCUCAGAAGCAGAGGUUAUAUAUAUGUAUGUAUGUGUGUGUGUGUGUAUAUAUAUAUAUUGUGUAUUCACUUUAUAGGUAACAAAUGGGUACUCACAAGCAUGGAGCCCUGACAGUAGGCUCAAACUUGAUGCAUUGUGUACUUCAGGACUACACUCCUUCUUUAUGCAUAGCAGGAAUUGGAUGUCAUUAGUGUCAAAUAAAAUCUCUAUUUAUUACACAUUUUAUCACCAAACAAAAAAAUUAAAACAAACUCUGUGCAAAAAAAUAUGUCCAUAAAACUAUUUCAAACACACUAAUGGCAAAGUUCAUAAGUUCUCACUUUCCCCAGGACGUGUUUUGCCAGAUACGUUUUCGGCUUUCUCAGCUGGGCAGUGUGAAGAUAAACUUUCAGUCCUGCUAUAUAUACCCCCUUAACAGGAGGAUAAUACUCUGCCGGUUUGUAAGACGCAUGCCUUACCUCCCCAUUUCUGGGGGUGCGUUGCGUCUCAAACCUCCGUAAUGUCACUUUUGACAGUUAUAAAUUUAAGGUACCUGUAUAAGUUGCUAUACCUUCCACUUUUUAAAUGUUAGCGCUACAUGUAGGAAUUUUAAGCACUUGCACUUGGAAUAUAUUUAUUAUAUCUGAAUUAGUGCUGGUAUACUACCCCUCUUUUUUUGUAGUUAAGUGUUCUUGAAUGGCAAGACCACUUAAUAUUAUCUCACAUAUAUAUUAUUCUUAUUAUUAUAGCCAAAUUUACCACCCCAACUCCUCCCACAGUUUUUACACUACAUAGACAGUAAUAUACAGAAACGUGCCGAUUGUUCCCGAUCGGUGUGCUAUUACUUUGUGGAACGUUUCGCUGAAUGGUUCACGAAAUAUCGUCGUUUGUGGCGAAAUUGGCCCUAUAGGAAUGAAUGGUGGAAUGUUCAAAACUGAAAAAUUAGGACAUGAUUUCUAAACUGCCAUCACUACCUCAUUUUGAAGCCCACCAACACAAAUCUUAUAUCUUACGUUCAGCUAUCCCAGCUGCCACUAAACAUGUCCACGGCUAAGCCAUAGUCCUUAUAGUUUUCACAAUAUGACCAUUUGUUUGCAACUCACGCCGUCUAUUGACAUUCAUUGAAACUCCACUCUAGCCAGCUCAAAUUUGAAUGGCAAUUUCUAAACUGCGACUGUGCAUUCAUUUUUAUUUCAGAGACAUCCUAUGCAUCAAAAUGUAGGUCUGGAUCUAGUGUUUCUCACAAUUUAAAGCUCUUCGCUGUAGGUUUUAUAGUUUUUAAAACUACGACCGUUUAAAGAUGGCCUUGCUGUAGAUUGAGUUGCCAUAGGAACCCAGGUGUGUGAGCAGCCAGCAGUGUUCCGGAACACAGAGGCUGCUAGAUGAAACACUUUCUUUAAACUGCUAUCAUUCCUACAGUUUUGAUAACACAAAAGUGAGCACUAUCACAUUUAAUAAAUAUAUUUCGAGCCACUCCAAAUAGUUACUUUACUCACUCCAAACACUCCACAGUGUUACUCUGCCCACUCCAUAAAGUUACUCUGCCUAGUCCAACCUUUCCACAGUUACUCAAGACACUCCAACCACACAACAGUUACUCAAGCUACUCCACCCAGUUACUCCGCCCACUCCAGUUGUAGACUACUGGUGGAGGCAAGAACACUUCACACAAUUUCCCCAAAAAUUGUAGCUUUUCUAGUUAUAUCAAUGACAUAGUUAUAUCAAUACCAGGGGCCAUUGGCAUGGUUGCGAUUUGGAAGCUGAUUUUGAUCUUUUACUGCCCCUUCAGAGUCCAUAAUUAAUUUUUUUUUUUAAAUUCUUUAUUUUAUUUGUGCAUAUGGUAAACAAGCAAAUUUGUGCUGGUGCAAACAGAGAUUUAGACAUAUGAGUACAUUGGUGUGGCGUCAAGAACAUUGCACAUUUUUAAAAACAAAGUUAAUAAACAAAAGUAAAAUGGAAGCCUGCAUAUUAUGUGAAUAUGCAGUAAAUACUCUGCUGCAUUUGGGGUGGCAUAUAGGUGGAAGGGUUAUGGGUGUACUAGCUGAAUUGUGGUAUUCAAUUUUGGUGGGCUAAUGAAUGUGGGAGAGACAAUCGUGUUCAGAAGUUCGCAACUUUUACUGCAUUUGUUGUUCCAGGAUGAUAAACAAUGCCCUAUUUUAAAAGUUAUGAUGAAUGCUGGUGUGGAAGGUAGAAAUAUUGGUAGAUGAUCUGUAAAGCGUAUUUUGCGGUCCGGUAUUAUGUGGUCGUGUUGUUGUGUGUCGGGGUACUGUACGCAUUGAGGCUCUUUUUCCCUGAGAUAAGGUGGGGUGGAAGGUGGGUGCAGCUGGUAUCCACCUCAGCUGGACAUGUUUAGCUUAGCUGGGUGCUGACAUUACUUUAAGUAGGGUGCAAUGUGAGCGCUCAUAAUGGGUACUUAGUGAGAGUAAUAAAACUUUUCUUAAGAAAUAUUAUUGCUGGCAAUGUAUACCCAAUGUGCUCGACAGUUCAUCCUGUGUCUGUGACAGAGCGUGGAACAAAAGGGGUAAUUUCUGAAAUGUCCCAUGUUGUGGCAGUCCCUCUGUUGGGGCUGGAGAUGCCCAAGGACUUCAGAAAGGUGGGCGAGUUAGCCAUGAUGGUGAGCCUGUAAGUGUUGCCCUCUUUAGUGGCCGAGAGUGAGCUGUCGCCCAUAGAUACAGGAUGUUGGCUACCCGGAGUAGCUUUGUGAUGGACAUGUAGGUUCUGCACCAUUCUAGUGUCAACCGGCAGAGGUCUUGUAGAGCUGUUAGGCUUGAGGUCUCGAACUGUAGGGGUGACUGCGUCCGCAGUGUCUCCAUCACCUGCUUUUUGUAGCGGAAUGACAAGAAGCGUAUCGGCACAUCUCUAGGUACACCUGCUGGUGCUUUAGUCGAGGUAGGUAGUCUGUAACAGCUUUCAAUUAGCAGUGAUUUGACUUGUUGGGGUAGGAUAGUUGCCAGCAAUCUUCUAACGAAGUGCGGCAAUUCUUUGUGCUCUACCAUUUCGGCAAUGCCCUGAGCUUUAGGUUUUUGCGUCUGCGGUAAUCAUCAAGGGCAUCUAGGUGAUAAGCCAGCUUUUGCUGCGAGGCCUGUACUUGGCCCAGGUUAUCUGUGGUACUUAUCUGCUUUUGAGCCAGUGAGGUGUUAUCUUCCUCCAAUACUCAAAUCCUGGCUGUCACUGCCGCUAAUUCUUCCCUAACCACAUUGAGGUCAGAGUUGAAGAAUGCCCUCAUGGUUUUUCAUCAGCUCCAGUAUGUUUCCACUUGGUGGCCGGGGUGUUGAGGUCUUCUGUAGACCGGGGUUUAUUAAGGCCUACUGUUUUUUAAAUGGUGUCUGGGGCAUCUAGGAGUUCUUCCUCUGAUGAUUCGGAGGUGUUAAACUCCCACCACGCCGCCAUCUUGGGCCUUGUUCCCAGCUGCAGCAUAUCGCCGAUGUCGCGGGUUCAGUUGCCUGACAGGACUUUGAGCUUCCUGUGCCUCUUCCCCAUACCUUCUGUGAGGUGUCAGCCUGGUAAGUUGGGUGUUUGGCUGGCAAAAAAACGGAUAGAUAUCGGCUCUUUAUCAUGUGAGCUCAAACGCCAUGCAACUGCUCUCCUUGCCGUCCAAGCCACACCUCCCAUUCUGAAUUUAUUUAUCCUACCAUUCUACUGAAGGCUUGUACUACGACAAGCCUUCAGUAGAAUGGCCUGCCAUUUCAGUGACCCAUUUCCCCACGCAGGGUAUGCCUGUUGGUAGGGAUCUGCUUGUAUGUCAUUUGUUUCAACACAUUCAUCUUUCCAGGUUUCUAAGACCCAAAUAUUUGCUUUUUUAGCACGUGUAUCUAAUCCUGAAAUUUCUCAAGGAUUGCCUUGUCAAUGAGAAUUUGUCCUUAUGACCGCUCUCUACCAAAUUUGCUAUGCUCUUCUGUCUUGCCUUGGCUCCUUUCGUCGGGUGUCCAAUGUUUGUACAUUGGGCAUGGAGGCAUUUUCUUUUUCCCUGGAAAGGGUCUACUUUUCUGUUUCUAAGAUCACGAAGGCUAAUUAUGACACCAUAUUUGAACUUUUUUUUUUUCGUGAUAAGGCCUCAACUGUGUAUAGCCACAAGCUUUUCUCGUUUUGGAAUGUAAUUUGUUAAGGCCUAGUUUAGCUAGACAACUUUUUAACGCCUAUGCCCCUUUAUACAAUCCAGUAUCUAUGACCACUCUCGCCAGAUGAUUUAGUUGGCUUUUCCAUGGUUUGAUACAGCAGCAACUGGUGACAAUUUAGUUUACAUCCUCUGGUCGGUGGAUUAGACUAGCGAUCCACCUUCCAUAUGUUUUUACUUUCGUACUCAUUGUGCCAUGCUUUUCGAUGUCAUUGUUGAUUAUGGUUCUGUCCUUAGGCACCCUUUUUCCAAACAGUCUAUUCCUUGCUGAUGCUUUGUUUCUUUUAGCCUGUUUAUGCUUUACUUAUGGUAUUGAAUGUUUAUUACCUUCACAUUUUCCUUCUCUUUGUAGUGUAAUACAGCUCUUCUGGAUUCUGGACCGAAGUUUCAUCUCCUGUCUGCAUGCUACUGGCUUUUAUGUUUGCAGUCUAAAUUUUUGCGACUGUUCUUGUAUUCUACGUUAUGAUGCUAUAAACUAUUUUAUAUUAUAUCCUCAAGCCUCAAAGAAAGAGGAAGUGUGUUAUUGAGGAUUUGGCUUAAGGGUACUUCUCCUCUGUUUUUUGUUUAUUUGUCUUGUCACGUUGCUGGUGUCAUUAUUAAAAUUCAGAUUUUCAAACACCGUGAAUAGGACAUUCUACAGUUAGAGUUGCCACUACACUAUGCUUCAGGAAAUAUACCAGAAGUCAAAAACUAUAUUUUGUUGUAGAUUUGUUUUAGAUUAAAUUAUACUAUUGGUGAACUCACAACAUAUCGUGCAGCAUUUAUAUGUUCUAAUAAUCUUUUUCUGAACAUUUUAAGUUGUAUAGAUGUAUCUGCUAAAGACACUGGGGUCGCAAACCGCAAGGUCAAAGUGGUGCAAGAAGAGUUGUGCUUCAAGAUUCUUCAUACAAUGACCAUGUGGGGGCACUAGGGAUAAUUGGUAAACAGUUGCUUGUAACCGCAUUAAUAGGCAGUCUUCCUCCAGCAGUCUUAUUUUAUGACCUUUCCGUGUGGUCUUGGACUCCUAGACUGGGUAUACUGUAGUAUGUGUAACUAGGCCAGAUCCACGUACAUGUGUCUUCAAAGCAUAAGUAUAUUUUGAAUUGGGACCACAAAACACUUUUAUGAGAUUGUGGGUUUUUUUUUUUGGGUUUUUUUUUAAUCCCCGUAAAACCUGGUAACGAUAAGACUUAAUGACCAGCUGACUAAUGGUUGAUACGAGUUGGAGUCCAGCAAUAGCUGAAGUGAUAGAAUGUUGGUGUGCUAAUCGCCUCUCAGUAGCCCAAUCUCUAACCUUGCUUAUUGCUUUGUAAAUUCUAUUGUUUUACAGGUUGUGGAGUAAACCUGGGCUUGCUCGGUUUGGAAUCUUCCGAAGAAUUCAUCCAUAAGGUGGCAUCCGCUGUGGACCAGCAUGAUAUCUUUGAAGCAAUUUCUGCCAAAAUAAAGCACUCAAGACAAAUUGUAGAGGAUUUCAGACUUCAUGGACUUUCAGCCACCAUGUUUGAAUGAAGGCAUGCAUAGACUGAAACUGUUAAAAGGACAUCAUACGCAUAAAAUACAAAGGCAUUGCUGGAGUCAAAGGAUCUCACAAUGAAAAACAGGAUGCAAAUGCAAUAACUAAGAAAGGGUUGAACUUAAAUUAAACCUACUUAACUGUCUCAAGAUCUGCAACACUUUUCCGGUUCUUGCUUGUAUGUAUGUAUAUUUCUUUGGAUUUUGUUUUACCUAACUUUCUAUUUUUUAUUUUUUUUUGGGUACUUAAUCAUGAAUAAAGCUUUUAUUUUAUGACUGUAAAUCCCUUUUCACUUUUAUUUUUAAGUUUUUGGUUUCUUUUAAGCUUUUUUUUUAUUUCAUCCUUUGUAAAAUCACACAUUUUAUUUUUUGUUAUGUAG